AUGCCCGGAGAAGUUCCCACUAGCAAUAGCAAUAGCAAACGCCAGGCUGGCACUGCUAGGAUCGCAUGGUACUCCGUGCAUCUUGGUCCUCCUUCCAUUCAAUACCUAAUUGGAAGCCACACCUGGGAUGCUGCAGCUUGCACCCCACCUUGUAGUCCAACUCUGGUGAAGUUGUGGCUCAGCAAGCUUAGCACGCCCAAAAGAAGAUCCUGCUGUUAA